AUGACACAACGGAAACGGCUGGCGUUAUCAGAAAUCUCCAAGUCUCCGAAAAAGCCGAAAAAUGUUCCAGAACUAUUAAAGAGCUUUAAAUCGGAGGAAUUGGUUGAAAGCCCAAAGCCACUACAGAAAGCAGAAGAAACAUCACCUAAUGUUUCAGCGAAAAUGCUGAAUAUCAAAAAAGAUAAUAUAGGACUUGAUGGGGAACACAUGACUAAUUUUAAGGAACCUACCGCAGGAUGUUUAACAUGCAGACAAAGGCAUAAAAAGUGUUCUCGAACUUCACCCGUUUGUCAAACCUGCUUGUCUAAUCGGUACGAAUGCUACUGGCGAGAACCUGGAACCAGAUUUUCAGAUUAUAAGGUCCCACUUGUUCACACUGAUAGUCCAAGGGGGAUCACAUUGAGACCCAACAAGGGAGAAGACCUCCAGGCUUCCGCAAUGAACAAUUCAGAUUUGCUUUCUGUUGCACAAAUGGCAGUUUCGAUUACGAACGAUUACUUAACGGCUCAUGAUAUGGACUCAGUACUGAAAAAAACAGAUGAUAAAGAAGCAUUGAAUAUGGAACAGAAUGAGUCCAUAGCUGAAGAAAACGACAAAGAUACCACAACUUCUGAAGGAUCAGAAGACGAAGAGAAAAAUGACGGCAACUGUGAGGACGACAAGGGGCCUACCAAAUAUAAUGAGAAAGACAGUGAGGGCGAUGGGUCUGCAGGGAGUGCUACUUCUACUAAUAAUGAUGGAGAAGGCAAUUCCAAGGAUGGCUCUACAAACUCUGAAUCUAAAAAUGGAAGUACAAGAGAAACUUCAUCUAGUAAAUCUUCCACCAGUGUGGAUGGAAGCUUUGACUCCCUUGCCUUUUUCUCCGACACUCUGGAGUUUGAAAAACUCCUAAAAUUGAGGUCGAUGCUUGCCAGGGGCGAAAGGAUGAUAAACGACAAGGCCAUUGUUGUUUCAACAAAAAUAGAAGAACCAGAUAAAGAAGAGAUACAAAUACAGUCGUGCAAAGUUCGGGCGAAUGAGGAAAGCAAUGGUCCUAUUAGUCUGGAUCCAUCCUAUCAGCCAAAUCCGGAAUUGGCACCAAUUGAUUAUUCGAAGGUGGUUUUCGACGAUAAUCUUGUUCUUCAAUCUAAUCAAAUAUUUGAAAUAGAAAAUAAGCGUGAGCCCGAAACAGCACUUCACACACCUGGAGGGGUUGAAGAAAGAAAUGAAGAACCACUUGGCCCGAAUGGAAUUUUGCAGCAGGCCGAAACUUCUACUUCCGAUGAUAAUACACAAUUUUUUGAUGCCCCAGAGCCUGGAAGGCUUUUUGUGGAUGAAGAGACGGACGAGGUUUUUCCAGUUGUCACGAAAUCAACUAGUGGGAGUAAAGUGCUGAACCAAAUCGAUAGAUCUAACAGCGGUUUGGUACAUCAACAUGUUUCCAUUAAGAUGAACAAGGAUAAAAAUAGAGAAAUGAAAAACGUAAAUCAACAAUACAAGCAGAUUGUUCUUAGAGAGUCGUUAAGUGCUUUGAAAAAUGUUGAUCUGGAUAGGGUUAAAAAUGAUGGUCGUAGGGCUAGACGUGUUAAACGACAUGUUGAUGUAUCUGAACUUCCCAGUUCGAUAACACAAUUUCUUGGUUCCGCAUCUAUAUAG